UCAAAUAUUGCCGCCCGGCCGCGUCAUCGUCAUUCGAAGAACGAACGAAACGCUUGCAAACUAGUUCUAGUGACGGCCGCCGAGUUAGCCAUGUUUCGAGCGCUAGUAGCUCGAGUGUCACCGGCGUGAAAAGACGCGUAUUGUGCCUUAUCAGUUCAAAACUCUUUACGUAAAAGUAUCGAUGUUUUUGAAUAAAAUACACAUAAAACGUAACUCGUGAUAGUGAAAAUUGUGUUCAAGUGCGACAAAUCAAGUGAUUCGACAAUCAAAAGUGUGAAUUUAUCUGUUUUAUCGUGGUUUUAAAACAAAAAUCGCGGGUAAAACUUUUGUAUUAACGGAACUGAAUCGUGUCGGAUUUUUCUGCUGAUAGUAUUGGGUUAUUCGCAUAAUGACUAUGUCGUGGUGACAACGGCGUGAUGAUGAGGCUCGACGCACCGGAGAAGCAGCACAGAUACCACAAUCUGUUGCACGACGACCAUGCCAUGCCACUGAGGAUGGAAAGCCACGGGGACCGCGACUCCAGGAGCUCCAGGGCGAGCGACUCGCCUGGAGACACCAUGAACGAUGUCUACGCUGCGUGGCAUGAGAUGCUAGAAGGUGAGGGUGCGGGGCUGGCAGCCAGGGUUGCUGAGCUGGAGGUGCGGUGUGCUCGUCAGGCCGAGGAGCUGCUAUGUCUCCGGUCAACCCUUGCUGAUGCCCUGAGGAGGCUCAACGCUCUCGAGGGUCGAGCCCCCACCGCACCCAGCGCGGGACAGAGAAAUGGUGCUUAUUCUGGUUCUACGGGUACCCCGACGAGGGAGCUCCGACUGAAGCAGCCUUCGUACCGGGAGACUGCCAAGAGGACCUCCAGCUACGGAUCCAAUAUAUCCUCACUACCACAAAGACGCGGACCUCAGCACCAAUCAACGGGUUCCCUGCAGUCGGACUCACCAGCAUCUUCCUCAUCUCUAUCACCAGCUCCAUCACCCUCGCCCCGCGCCACACCUGCACCACACCAUGCACCGUUACAACCUUACAGCAACCAGAGCGUCUCGCCCGGGGUCAACAACCUCACCAAGCGCUGGAACUCCACCGGAGACUUCAACGCCCAGGGACUGCUGCCUAGCACUAGAUUCACUACAACAAAGUCGUUGCUAAACUUAUAUUCUAAGCCGUCACAAAAUGGACCGAUUCUGAAACAUGGCACCCACACAUGUCAGUACAACGAGGAAGAUGGUACGAUGCGCAUGUACCUGCGAGGCCGGCCUGUGGUGCUGUAUGCUCCUAGUGAACAUGAAGGCCUGGACCCUGCGAAAGUCGCUCCACCACCACAGAGCAAAUUGAAGCUGGAAUGGGCCUAUGGAUACAGGGGCAAGGACUGCCGCAGCAACCUGUACCUGCUGCCGACUGGUGAGAUAGUGUACUUCGUGGCAGCCGUCGUGGUGCUGUUCAACGUGGAGGAGCAGUGCCAGCGCCACUACACCGGACACACUGACGACGUCAAGUGUCUGGCCAUACACCCCAACAAGCUCAUCGUGGCUAGUGGACAGUGUGCCGGACAUGACCGGCUUGAUGCCAGGCCCCACAUCCGCGUGUGGAACUCGGUGUCUCUGUCGACGCUGGCGGUGCUGGGCGCGGGGCACGUGGAGCGCGGCGUGCAGUGCGUGUCGUUCUCGCGCGCGGACGGGGGCGCGCUGCUCGCCGCCGUCGACGACGGGCCCGACCACACCAUCUCCGUCUGGGACUGGCAGAGGCCGGACAAGGGACACUGUCUGGCUGAGACUAAGUGCUCAGUAGACACGGUGGUAGCGUGCGAGUUCCACCCACUGGACCGCAACCAGAUAGUGACGUGCGGUAAGAACCACAUCGCGUUCUGGACGCUCGACCAGACCAACAUGCUGUACAAGCGGAUGGGGGUGUUUGAGACUCGGGACAAGCCUAAAUACGUCACCUGCCUCGGGUUUAACCAUAACGGCGACGUCCUAUCAGGCGACUCAAGCGGCAACAUAGCAGUGUGGGCUCGUGGCACUAACACGGUCGCCAAACUGGUCCGCGGGGUCCAUUCUGGCGCUGUAUUCUCACUGUGCGCUCUAAAAGAAGGCGGGGUCCUCUCUGCUGGAGGCAAGGACGGUCGCCUUGUACUAUUUGGGCCUGACUUGAGUCCCACGGGCCAGGAGGCCGCUAUAGAAGGCCACUAUGGAGGCAUCAGGGUCGUUGCUGAAGGAAGAGGAGACCAGCUCUACGUUGGGACCACUAGGAACUGUAUUCUGCAUGGCGAUAUGCAACUUGGAUUCUCGCCUGCUGUGCUUGGUCACGCGGACGAGGUGUGGGCGCUGGCGACGCACCCGACGCUGGCGCAGUUCGCGUCGGCCGGCUGGGACCGCCUGCUGCAGCUGUGGGACGGACUGUCGCACUGCACCGUCUGGAGCAAGGACAUCGAGGAGCGAGCGCAAUGCGUGGCGUGGUCGAGUGACGGCGGAGUGUUGGCCGUGGGCUGCCUCACUGGCAAGUGGCGCGUCUACGACCCGCACUCCAGGGACCUGCUGGCCGAGCAUACCGACGGGAGUGAGCCAAUCCAAACGAUUCAGUACUCUCCGGACAACUCCAUGGUAGCUCUAGGCUCUCGUGACAACUUCAUCUACGUAUACCGUGUCGAGGAUAACGGGGCUCGGUACAGCAGACUUGGGAAGUGUCUUGGCCACUCUAGCUACAUAACUCACUUGGACUGGUCGGAGGAUGGCCAGUACAUCAGGAGCAACUCCGGAGAUUAUGAGCUGCUUUACUGGAACGCCACAACCUGUCGUCAGAUUCCACAGCCGACAUCAAUGCGUGACGUGGUGUGGGCGACCAACACUUGUCCCAUCACGUUCCAGACUAUCGGGGUCUGGCCAGAGAACGCAGACGGCACUGAUAUUAAUAGUUGCACCAGGUCCCACGACAAUCGACUGGUGGCUACGGGUGACGAUUUCGGUAAAGUGAAGCUUUAUGCUUACCCAUCGCUGUGCCACCAAUACGGCGGUCACUCAUCCCAUGUGACGUGCGUUCGAUUCCUGCCUGAUGACUCGCGCCUCAUCUCCACUGGCGGCCUCGAUACCAGCGUGUUGCAGUGGGUCGUCGACUAAUUUUCUAACAGACGGAAAUAUACAAAACCGAGAUUUAUAUUAAGGGACAGAUAAAAUAAU